GUGAUAGUCGGUGAGAAAGACAAGCAGAACUAAUUGUGUUUCCGACGUUUAUGUGCGCCCGGGCCUCUUUUCUCGAUGCACUGCUUAUAGGAAGCGUUUUGUCGCUAGCGACGAAGAGACUUGUAAUCAUUAAUUUAUAAAUGUAUUGUAUUAAUAACCCUAUUUAGCAAUGUUUUUUUGACUGAUCUACUUCUUUCGUACACAAGAGAAAAUGUUUGCGGGCCUGCCUGAGCUUGGGAUAUCUAAUGGCGAGGAUCUUAAAGAAACAUUAACAAACUGCACAGAGCCUCUGAAAGCUAUUGACCAGUUUCAGACAGAAAAUGGCAUUUUGCUGCCUACACUUCAGUCAGCUCUCCCCUUCCUGGACCUUCAUGGGACUCCUCGGUUGGAGUUUCACCAAUCUGUCUUUGACGAGCUUCGUGACAAGUUGAUGGAGAGAGUCGCCACCAUCGCAGAGGGCAAAGAUGAGGACCGUUAUGGGAAACUUGAAGAGCUUCUGGAGAAGAGUUUUCCUCUGGUGAAGAUGCCUUCUAUUCAGCCCGUGGUCAUGCAGGUGCUGAAACACCUGCCUAAGGUGCCAGAGAAGAAGCUGAAACUUGUAAUGGCUGAUAAGGAGCUGUAUAAGGUAUGUGCUGUUGAGGUGAAGAGGCAGAUCUGGCAGGACAACCAGGCUCUCUUUGGAGAUGAAGUUUCACCCCUGCUUAAGCAGUAUAUUGUGGAGAAGGAGGCAGCACUUUUUAGCAGUGAUCUCUCCGUACUGCACAACUUCUUCAGCCCCUCGCCCAAAGCAAGACGCCAAGGAGAGGUGGUCUUGAAACUAACCCAGAUGAUUGGAAAGAAUGUGAAGCUGUACGACAUGGUUCUCCAGUUCCUGCGUACACUUUUCCUGCGUACGCGCAACGUCCACUACUGCACCCUACGCGCAGAGCUGCUCAUGUCCCUCCAUGACCUGGACAUCAGUGAGAUCUGCUCCGUUGACCCCUGUCAUAAGUUCACCUGGUGCUUGGAUGCCUGUAUCCGUGAGAGGUUUGUGGAUGCCAAACGAGCCCGGGAGCUGCAAGGUUUUCUGGAUGGAGUGAAGAAAGGCCAGGAGCAAGUACUUGGGGACCUGUCUAUGAUCCUCUGUGAUCCAUUUGCCAGUAACACCUUGGUUUUAAGUACUGUCCGAAACCUGCAAGAAUUGCUGAGCCAGGACGCCUUACCCAGAGACAGUCCAGACUUGAUGCUGCUGCUCAGAAUGUUGUCUCUGGGACAAGGUGCCUGGGAUAUGAUUGACAGCCAAGUCUUUAAGGAACCUCGAUUGGAACUGGAAGUUGUGACCCGUUUCCUACCGGCCAUGUUGUCAGUUGUCGUGGAUGACUACACCUUCACUGUUGAGCAGAAGCUCCCCAACGAGGAGAAGACCUCCCUUUCUUACCCUACAGCCCUGCCUGAUGCCUUCAACAAAUACCUGCAGGAGAACAGGGUGGCUUGUGAGAUGGGUCUGUACUAUGCGCUCCACAUUGCCAAGCAGAGGAACAAGAAUGCCUUACAGCGGUUACUUCCUGCAUUAGUGGAGACUUACAACGAUAUGGCCUUUGGCGACAUCUUCCUGCACCUCCUGACUGGACACCUCACUUUGCUCUCAGAUGAGUUUGGGACUGAGGAGUUUUGCUCUGCUGUGUUUGAUGGCUUCCUUCUUACCUCUUUCUCCAGUAAAGAGAAUGUCCACAGACAUACCCUACGCCUGUUGCUUCACCUUUACCAGAAGGUGCUGCCAUCUUGUAUGGAGACCUUAGUGAAAACCCUGGAGCCCCCAAAGCAGAGCAGUGACCAGGUAAAGGAGCUCUACUCCCAGCUGAUAGAGAAACUGGAGGCCCAAAAGAAGAGCCCCCCCCAGCCAGAUGAAGCCCCCUCCCUGGACCUGGGGCUCCAUCCGGUUACCGUGCCCACCACAGCCUCAACUCCAACCACACCGCUCUGAGAGUGGGAGCUAUUGAGCAGCAGAAGAAAAAACAUUGGCCUGAAAAAGGACUGUGAUUAUGUAGAAUUGAGUUGGGCUUAUGAAACCACAUAAAUAGUGAUGAGCAUUACUAAAUGCCAUUUUGGUCAAGGUAUAGUUUUUAGGUUUGUUUUUUCUAAUGCAUGAUUUUUUUAAGAUGUCUUCAUUUAAAAAUGUCAAUGUUUUUCAGUGGGAUUUAUUAUUUUUAUAAAUAUCAGUAGUAUUGCCUAAUUAUUGUUCAAAGUAUAUUUUCAUAUGUAAUGUAUCUAUCUAGGUAGAAUUUCAAUGUAUGUGCUUUUUUUGUUGUCAGUGGUAAAGCGUGCUGUAAAUAAAAUAAUUAUUUUGAAAUGGUAAAAGGAGCUGAUAUCUUGAAGUACAUUAAGAAUGAAUUUGUCAUGGUCAGCAGCAAGGCCCAGCAAUUAAUAU